AUUCAGCUGCACACAAUGAUUUUAUUUUCGAAAAACGCUUUUACUGCAGCGCUGAGUCUCCUCGCCUUGGCUGCCCUUGGGCAGGCCUGCAAGGACACGGCAGCAACGGCCAGCUCUAAGGAUUGGUGGGAGACGGCGCAGUUCUAUCAAAUCUAUCCGCGCUCCUUUAUGGACUCAGAUGGCGAUGGCAUAGGCGAUCUCAAUGGCAUCACUAGCAAGCUGGAGUAUCUAAAGGACCUGGGCGUGACAGCCGCUUGGCUUUCGCCCAUUUUCAAGUCUCCCAUGGUGGACUUUGGCUACGAUAUCUCCGACUUCUUCGACAUACAGCCGGAGUAUGGCACAUUGGACGACUUUCGUGCCCUCAUCAAGAAGGCCAACGAGCUGGACCUGAAAAUUAUCUUGGACUUUGUGCCCAAUCACUCUAGCAAUGAGAGCGACUGGUUCAAGAAGUCCGUGAAGCGGGAGAGGGGCUACGAGGACUACUACGUGUGGCACGAUGGGAAGAUAAAUGCUGAGACAGGCAAGCGCGAGCCACCUACGAAUUGGCUGCAAUACUUCCGGGGCAGUGCCUGGGAGUGGGUCGAGGAGCGCCAGCAAUACUAUCUGCAUCAAUUUGCAGUGCAGCAGCCGGAUCUGAACUAUCGCAAUCCGGAUGUGGUGGCCCAGAUGAAGCGCGUGCUGCGCUAUUGGCUGAAUGAGGGCGUCGCUGGCUUUCGAUGCGAUGCGCUGCCGCCGCUGUUUGAGGUGCUACCGGAUAGCCAGGGUCAGUAUCCCGACGAGGUGCUGUCUGGGGCCACAGAGGAUGCGGCUGAUCGGGACUAUUUGACAACGACGUACAUUGAGAACCAGCCGGAGACCAUUGAUAUGGUAUAUCAGUGGCGCGAGGUGCUCGAUGACUACCAGCGCAUCUAUGGUGGCAACUCGAGGGUGCUGCUCAUUGAGACUUACUCCCCCGCCUGGUUCACGAUGCAGUUCUAUGGCAAUCAGUCGGUGAAUGGCGCUCACCUGCCGUUCAAUUUCAACUUGAUAACUGUCAUGGAGGAGAGCCCCUUGAGUGCUGCCAAUGUAAAGAAGGCCAUUGAUCUCUGGCUGAACAACAUGCCCGCCGGACGCACGGCCAACUGGGUGUUGGGCAACCAUGACAAGCGCAGAGCGGCCAGCCGGUACGGUCAGCAGCAUAUCGAUGCCAUGAAUAUGCUGAUCAUGAUUUUGCCUGGCGCCAGUGUCACCUACCAAGGCGAGGAGUUGGCCAUGACAGAUGGCGAAAUCAGCUGGCAGGAUACUGUCGAUCCCUGGGCCUGCAACUCGAAUGCUGACAUCUAUGAGAAGUACACCAGAGACCCGGCACGCACGCCAUUCCAGUGGACAAGUGGCACAAACGCCGGCUUCUCAACGGGCCCCACGACCUGGUUGCCGCUGGCUGGCGACUAUGCAACGAUCAAUGUGGCCAGUGAGUCCGCAGCGCAACGGUCCCAUUUGCAUAUCUACAAGGCGCUGGUAGAGCUGCGCAAAUCAGUGAAGACUCUGCAAAAUGGUUACACCAAAUAUCAGGCGCUAACUGAGGAUGUAUUCGUGGUGAAGAGAUCACUUAGUGGAGCUGCCAGCAUUGUGUAUGUCUCCAACUUUGGAUCGAAGGAAGUCACAGUCAAUUUGCAAGAGUUUGACAAAACUUUGCCAGCCAGCCUCGAGCUGCUUAUACGCAGCUUGGCUUCUACCAGGCUGGAGGGUGCCAGCCUUGCCACCCACGAGCUCAACUUGCUGCCCGGCGAGGCUCUGGUCUUGAGCACAGAAUAAAUAAGAAUUGCUUGAAUUAGUUAGUAUUUUAUUGAUAGUUGUUUGUUCAAUGCUUUGUAAGUUCUCGUAAACAUAUGCCACCCAACAACAUUUAUGUGUUAAACGUAUUUGUGUAUACUAGAGAGUUUCAUAUAUACUGGAAUUUUCGGAGACA